UCCGGGUUCGUUCGUGACGUCAUCACUGGGAAAACGUUCCCGGAUGGAUGUAAGGAAGCGCGAUGCACAGCUGCAGAAAUAAACACAGCGGUUAAAUGUGUGUUAGUAACGUAGUGUGUUGGGUCAAAUCUCACCGGGAGCCACAAAUCUGUGCUCUUUGUGUGUGAAUUUGUGUGUGUUACUUAUGAACGAGGGACAGUGGUUAGGUGUCUCAGACCUGCACAACGGAGUGAGUUCCACCAGAGUUCCAGACCAGAACCAGAACAGAACGUUUCGAAUGCUGGAGGAGGAGGAGGAGGAGGUGCAGGGAGGACACGCCCAUCUCCAUCACAACCUCCACCGUGACUUCACAAACAACAAUGGAGCAGGAGAAGAAGAAGAAGAGGAAGAGGAAGAAGAUGGAGGUUCCAAAUUGGAGGAAGAGGAUGAGGAAAUGGAGAGUACCAGUGGAGCCUGUUCUCCUGAACUGAUACGAGAUUCUUCAUCACUGAGCUGCAGUCCCUCAGUGUGUGAAGGUCCUCUGAGUCCUGAGGAAAUCCCAGUUGGUGUUUUCUCUCCUCCUGAUCUAAGUCACUGCAUCUCUGAGACUCUGCGUGUGUUAGAGGACAGAGGAGACGACACUGCACUGCCACUCCGCCUCCAUCAGAUCGCUGAGUGUCUGGUGCAGGAGGACGACUAUGAGAGAGCCCUGCACUUCCUCCAGCUGGAGAGAGUGUACCAUGAGAGAGUGCUGUCUAACAUCGCCACCCUGCAGGAGACAUGGGAGAGCAGGUGGAGGUGUAGUAGGUCUGUAGAUACGUCUCGUCUUCAUGGGGAUCUGAAUUCAGAACAUCUGGACAAACUGAAACACAUCUGCAUGACUCACAGACAACCAUCAUGGAGCUCAGACACGUGUGAGCUGGUACACAGGAUCAGUGUGAACGGUGAGAGCUGUGGAGAGAACAUCAUGUCAGAAUCUCCAUGCAGUGACAAGUCGGGGAUGUCGGCGCAGGACGAUGUUUCUCCCAGUGAAAGUGACCCUGCCUGUUUGGUCCAGCAGAGGCAGCCUACACAUGUGUGUGACAUCACGUCCAUUACACACACCGUCUCUCCCCAAACCACACCCACAUCAGUAAUGGCAGAAAGCAUCAGAGAGGAAGUCAAGAAACAGAGUGAGAGAGAAGAAGUGAGUGAGGGAAAGGAAGAACAAGAGAUGGAGGGGACGUGUCAAGAGGUUGGAAAAAAAGCUGAGCCUGGAGGAAGUGGAAAGGAGGUGGAGCCUGGAGGAGGCAAGAUGGAGGUGAAGCGUGAAAGACGUGGGAUAGAGGUGGAGCCUGUUGAAUCUGACCCAUGGAAAGAAGAGGUGAUAAAAGGAGGAGUGGAAAAGGUGUCUCACACUGAACUGGAUGCAGGAGCAGAGGAACAGGAAGAGGAACAGGAAGAGGAAGUAAAUGAAGCUCUGGAGCUAGAGGAGGAGCUUCAGAAGCCAGAGGAUGCCAUGUUGGAUUUUCUCGCCAAACGCAUUCAGGUGGAGGAGAUCACACCUGCCUCAGGCCUCGUCUCCAUCCUGAAGAGAAGAGUGUGUGAUGGAGGAGACGACAUUUUCUCCACCAACAAACCAGUGACUAAACGCAGAGUUCACUUCCACGUUCCUGAGGACAGCCUGGAGCAAGAUGAGGUGGGUGGAGACUCCUGGCUCCUCUUGCUCCUUUUGUGCUUGGUUACCAUGGUGAUCAGUGUGGGUGGCACUGCCCUGUACUGUACAUUCAGUGAUGCCCAGUCCAAUGUGUGUACAGACUUUUCACACAAUAUCAAUUUCUACAUGGGGAAGGUGCAGCGCAGCGUAGACGACAUCACACACUUCUUCUCCUCCUCCUCUAGCUCAUAAAAUAUAUCGCUCCAUCUCUCUCUCGCUCUCUUUAUGUCCAUCCCUCUAUUUCUAAAUCUGUAUGUCUCUCUUUACCUCUGCCCUGUCUCUCCAUCACUGUCUCUGGAACAGACAGAAUAAGAGUGCUGACUGGAAUAUCGGUUGUUGAUGAUGUCACAACUCUGUGCUGGUGUUGAUGAUGUCACAACUCUGUGCUGGUGUUGAUGAUGUCACAACUCUGUGCUGGUGUUGAUGAUGUCACAACUCUGUACUGGUGUUGAUGAUGUCACAACUCUGUACUGGUGUUGAUGAUGUCACAACUCUGUACUGGUGUUGAUGAUGUCACAACUCUGUGCUGGUGUUGAUGAUGUCACAACUCUGUACUGGUGUUGAUGAUGUCACAACUCUGUGCUGGUGUUGAUGAUGUCACAACUCUGUACUGGUGUUGAUGACGUCACAACUCUGUACUGGUGUUGAUGACGUCACAUUAUUUUCAGAGGCAGCAUUUCAUUUCAAACCUGCUUUUUAAACUUGGUUAAUUUAGUGCUAAUUGUGAGCGGGUAAGUUGUAUUUCUGCAUUUUUUACCUUAGCAGUACAGAACGUGUCAUAGCAGUCCUUUUUGCUUCUUAGCAUAACACUUUUUUUAAAAUACAAUUAUUUGUUCAUCUAUCAUUAGAUCUUGCUACCAAUCUUGGCUAGUUAUAUAAUGACACACACAGCCGUAAUGUUGGCUAAAUAAAAAUCGUUAGCUGGCUAACGUUAGCCCAGUGUUAGCUGUUAUGCUGUGUAUCUACAUUGUUACUAUCUAGCCAAAGAUGGUCAGUAGUGAUGAUGUCAUACUAUCAAGUUUUGUGAUUGGUUAAUUGAAUUGAAGUUAAGCUCCACCCAUUUAUCACUAAACAUGUCUGAAAUAAUGAGUCUUAACAUAUUAGUUAUAGCAACUUCAGUUUUUCACCUUGAUCACAAUGGAGAAAGUGAAAUAAUCAGGUAUAAAUUGUUAUUUGUGUCAGAUUUAAGUGGUUAGGUUUAAAAUGUUGUAAGGGAUAAAGCAAUAUGUAGUACAGAAUGUUUUCAUGUAAAGAACUGAUGUGGAAAGACAAUUCAGCUGCGUCCCAAAUCACAAAACAUUGUGAGUAUAAAAGUGAAGAGUCGUGUGAGUCACAGGAGAUGAUGAGGAAGACUUCAGGAAGCCGGAUGAUGCAGUUCUUCACUCAGAUAAACCAGGUGUGAAUGAUGGACACUUCAUGCACGCGACACUCACAGCGUUGCUUAUGUAGCAGAUGUAUGGUGGUGCGAUCAGGUGGAUGAGACAACAUUUUGGACAAGACAUCUUUUUGCUGUCUUUCUUCCCAACACUGUGAUUUACUUUUCAUCGCUAUAAACUGAGUGGAUCCUGAAUGUGUUAGUGCUUCGGUCAAGACAUUGUUACGCUUCUAAUAUUCACACAAUCCACAAGAGAAUGCAGAGGACUGUCUAUGAACAAUGUGUCAAACGUCAUUUGGGACGCAGCUUGUGUGUGUGUCUGUGUGUGUGUGUGUGUGUGUGUGUCUGUCUGUCUGUGUGUGUGUCUGUCUGUCUGUGUGUGUGUGUGUGUCUGUCUGUUUGCGUGUCUGUGUCUGUCUGUGUGUGUGUCUGUGUGUGUGCGUGUCUGUGUGCGUGUGUCUGUGUGCGUGUGUCUGUGUGUGUGUCUGUCUGUGUGUGUGCGUGUGUCUGUCUGUGUGUGUGUGUGUCUGUGUGUGUGCGUGUGUCUGUGUGUGUCUGUCUGUGUGUGUCUGUCUGUGUGUGUCUGUCUGUGUGUGUGUCUGUCUGUGUGUGUCUGUGUGUGUGUGUGUUUGUGGUACAGUUUUAAAUCUCUGAGCACAGAGCACACACAAUGUCUUAAAUCUUUGCUGGUUUCCUUUCCAAUAGAUCUGAUGAUAUUUGUGAUUAUUGUUUGUGAGUUUUUGUCGUCUGGCUGGUUCAGGCAACCGUGUUUUCACUAUUUAUUUUAAUGUUGGAUAUGAAUUUAUUCAUUUGUCUGUUUCACUUGCUCAGAUUUAAAUAUAAAUGAUAAUUUCUGUUUAAAAGAUUAAUUUUACACUGAAUUCUGAUUUUAAUGUAAAGUGUAAAUGUUAUUUUAUCCUAAUAAGAGUCCCGUUUCCUCAGAGCUCAGACACGCAGCAGGGCAAAGCUCCACUCUGAUUGGCUGCUAGACUCUGCCUGGUAACCAAUCAGAGGGCUCUGCCUUAAUGUAUGCGUGAGUGUCUGCUGUACUGGGCAUUAGUGUGUAGAAGUUGUGUGUUUUUCCUAUCAUUAGUUAUUAAGUGCUCACAACUGCACUGUGUUUAUUACUGUAUAUCUACAUACUUUACUCAAAAUGAUCAGAAGAAUAUUAAUGAGAGAAUAUUUAAAUAAUAUAUAAUUUAAAUAAUCCUACUCCAACACUUAUUAAGCUUCUCUGUGUUCAGUGUUUUAUUUUUAUUAUAUUUAUUAUUGAAAUUUUUCUUCGGUCUGGGUUUAAGUUCUUUAUGUGAUUUAUUUUCCCUCCUUUUGGUUUAUAUUUAUAAGCUGAAACAUGAUGAGAAGAAACACACAGUUCUUAAUAAAUCACUUUUACUGUCAGGAGUGAA